AAAAACUACUCCAAGGGAAUCUCCAAACUGAGAUCGAAUUCAUGAGUGGUGUCAUCUUCCAAUAUUCUCUUCCUUGAUGAUUUCUAUCGGACUGAACCGGUAUGGUUUCGUGCGAUUAUCUCUGGCGGAAUUUGGGCAUACUGGUUUCGCCUAUCUUCGAUGGCAUUAGACCUCUACGUGACAUAUAUUGACUCUGUUUCAGUCCUCUUCUUUCCCAGUAGCUUCAUUUGUGUGUAUGAGCUUAUAAUUUUCAUAUCGAACCUGUCGGGUUUCGGGCUCACUGGAUUGAUACAAUGGAUACUGCAAAUGUUGAAAAUGGGGCCGGUGCAACAUCUGUUGGUGAUGUUAGUACUGAUUUUGAUACCGAAACGGAUAAAGUUGUGUUCCCUGAAGGCGAAUCACCCAGUGGGGAGGAUGUUGGAGAUAUUGGCAUUGAUAGCACAACUCUAACAAGGCUGGAGUUGAGUUUAGCAGGUUUCUCUGAGAAAAUUACCAACUUGAGCAUCUUUAUGAUGCGUCUAGCUACUAUGGAUAGUGAAUUUGAGGCCUUCGUGCUGGAGAAAGAUCACAUGGAACUUGAUUCUGUUGAGAAGGGUCUUGAGUUUGAUCUU